AUGGCCGAAGAAACGGCGAGUCUGUUGCUGAAUCAAACGCUGGCGGUUUGCCGAAACAUCAAGGACGAUCCGACCUUCCUGACAUUAACCGCUUUGCUUCCCGUCGCCGCUGUCUGUGUCAUAUGCAUAACGACGUUCUUCGCGAUUAUUCUGAAGAGCGAUACAACGUACUGCUAUGAAAUACGAGCUCUGCUGAUGGUCGAAUCCGUGUGCUCGAUCGUCGCCUGCUUCAUGGUCGCUGUCAGGCAGGCAUACGCGACGUGGAUCUAUUUCGAUGAAGAGAUAAUGUUCCUGUCCGCGAUUCCUUGCAUGAUCCUCGGCGGCAUGGUCUUCACCGGUCUGAUAUGCGAAUCGUCCAGUGGCCUAAUGCUCGCCUUGGCGCUGUUCUACCGAAACAAGGCCACCAUAUUCUAUAACUGUAUCACUCCUUCGCUGUGGUGCACGGGCAAUGUCGCGCUUUCUGGGAUCGCUGGCAUCAUUCACAGCUGGGUGACGUACGUACAGACCACUGAAGACCGCACCCGCUUUUGCAACUGCCCGCCCGUGCUUUCGUUCUACGCCUAUACCAGUGCUUCUUCGUUUAUUCUUCUUUUCACUAACUGUGUCACUCUCGUACUCAUGCUGUACACGGUCUACGAAUACAAGCAACUUUUUUCCAAUCGCCGAUCGUCCGAUAUGACAAGUGGUUACUCGCAGUGGGUGAUCGAGAUGCGUAGUGACCGGUACCUGCUGUGGACGGUGUGGCCGGCAGUGUGCAUCAAUUUGAUUAUCUUCUUUCUAACCGGAGUGGUUGCGAUACCCUCAGCGAGGGCAUCUUACGUUAGCAUAAGCAUCACGAUGGCCAAUCAACUUUUAACUAUUAACCUUAUUACCAUAUCUACUCACUGUGUGCAGCCGGUCAUACUCAUGUGUACGAACAAAUUUUUUGCACGAAAGAUAACAGUCUACUUCCGCAAAUGCAGCCUCGUUCUAUGUCGCUGUUUCGCAGCUCCCUCCGGAAGCAGUCGCGAAGAAGUUCAUGUUAAUAUGUCCGUCGUGAAUCGCGUCAGUACGAUUUCAGUUGCUUCCAACGAAUGA